AUGGCAUACCACAGCCAGGGCCAGAAGGUGCAGAAGGUGAUGGUGCAGCCCAUCAACCUCAUCUUCAGGUAUCUCCAAAAUCAGGUAUGGCUGUAUGAGCAAGUAAAUAUGCGAAUAGAGGGCUGCAUAAUUGGUUUCGAUGAGUAUACGAAUCUUGUAUUGGAUGAUGCAGAGGAGAUUCACUCUAAAACAAAGUCAAGGAAACAGCUUGGCCGGAUCAUGCUAAAAGGAGACAACAUUACUACAAAGUGUCUCUAA